GUUGUUGGUGCCUGAUGCUGAUGGUGCAGGAAGUAAAGUCAGAUAAUGAAGAUGACCUAAAUAAAUGCUUCAUGGACCAGGACUAUGAAGAACUCUUGGAGAUUGCCAGAAAGGGCUUACCGAAGACAUCCAAGCCCAAGAAAAUCAUUAUUGUGGGUGGGGGGAUUGCAGGACUAACAGCAGCCCAGCUGCUAGAGGAGGCUGGCCAUGAGAUAACCAUAUUUGAGGCAAGUGAUCGAAUUGGAGGACGGGUGUACACUUACAGGGAGAAAAAUAAUACGUGGUAUGCAGAACUUGGAGCCAUGAGGAUUCCUACUUUUCACAAAAUUCUACUUACCUUUAUUGAAAAGCUUCAUCUAACGUUGAACUCCUUCAUUGAAAAAGAUAUCAACUCUUGGUACUACAUAAACGGUAUCCUAAAGAGAACUCGUGUUGUUGACAUUGACCCAGAUGUGUUGAAUUAUACCGUGUAUCAUCACGAGAAAGGAAAGACGGUGGAACAGCUCUACAAUGCCGCACUAGCUCCAGUGAAAGACUACCUCAAAAAAACAGGCUACAACUGUUCAAAAGUAAUGGAAAAAUAUGACUCCUACACUGUCAAGGAAUACUUUCUACAAGUAGGACGUUUGAGCCAAGGAGCUGUGCAGAUGAUUGGAGACAUGCUGGAUGAUACUGGAUUUUUCUAUAACGCCUUUACUGAGAAUCUGAGGCUCCUUUCUGAUCUUAAUGACCAAAACCGCUACUAUGAAAUCAGAGGAGGCAUGGAUAACCUGGUCAAGGCAAUUUACCAAAAACUCAACUCCACUGUUUACCUGAACUCAAGAGUGACAAAGAUAAUGCAAAAUCAAUGUGGUGUCACUGUGUCUUAUAACAACCAGAAAACACCUGCUGAUGAUUUGAGCUUCAGUGCAGAUUAUGUGCUCCUCACAGCCACAGCCAAAGCUUCAUUGCUGCUGAACUAUGAGCCUGCUCUGUCAAGGAAAAAAAUGCAAGCCCUACGUUUAGUCCACUAUUCAGGGUCAACCAAGAUCUUCCUAAGUUUCAAGUGUCGUUUCUGGGAAAAGCAAGGAAUAUUUGGUGGAAAGUCCAUUACCGAUCUUCCGUCUAGAUUUAUCUUUUACCCCAGUCACAGUUUUGAAGGCACUAAUGGUGGUGUGCUGCUUGCCUCUUACACAUAUGGUGAGGAUUCAGAUUUCUUUAAUGGACUAAAUGAGAAGGAAUGCAUGAAGGUUGCUCUCAGAGACCUGGCAAAAAUUCAUGGAGAACAUAUUUAUUCACUCUGGGAUGGAGGAGUAGUAAAAAAAUGGGGCAGGGAUCCCUUCAGUUUAGGAGCCUUCUCCAUAUUAAACCCCUACCAACUGAAUGAAUACUACAAAGACCUUUUUGCAAAGGAAGAAAGGAUACACUUUGCUGGGGAGCAUACAGCAUUGCCACAUGGCUGGAUUGAAACUUCAAUGAAAUCUGCUAUCAGGGCAGCAAGAAACAUUCAUAACAUAAAGAACAAUGACAUUGUACUUUAAUGGGACUCGGAGGAGGUAAAGCUACAAUAUUACUGCCUUGACCCAUUGAUUCAGCAUUUGUACACAUUU